CGGAUGGCCGCAAGGCGCCAGUACCAGGUACAUUGGAGGCUGGAACCUGCUCUGCCAACGAGCUGCUAGGGCGCUCUUUUUUUUUGUCGCCUAGGUUCUGUAAACGGCACAUUCAAACCAGCGUUGCUUCUUGUUUUUCUCCAUUUUCUUGUGUUAUAUCCGCCUCCAAUUGAUCAAUCCAUUGUGAGAUCAAUUGUAGAUCUUUGCCUCUAUUGCUAACUCUCCUCUGAGCCUGCGUGCUUGUGCCUCGCCAACAGGAGUCUCUCGUCACUUGUUGCAGUCCCGACGCCGAGACGUUCUCCCCGGCUACGAAUUCCCGCAACGACUUGUCCAGCAACAGAACAGAGUUAACAACGCCAGAAUGCUGUAUCGAGGACUCCGGCUGGCGGCCCGUGCCGCUCCCAAACUCUCGCUCUACAACACGAGCUCGGCGCUGCGACAACUUCCUACCCAGUUUCAACAUGUACGAACCUACGCCGACAAAAUCAUCAAGGUGCCGACGAUGGCCGAGUCGAUCAGCGAAGGCACAUUGAAGCAAUGGAACAAGGCCGUUGGCGACUUCGUUGAGCAGGACGAGGAAAUUGCGACUAUUGAGACUGACAAGAUCGACGUGGCCGUGAACGCCCCAGACGCUGGUGUCAUCAAGGAGUUCUUGGUCAACGAGGAGGAUACUGUUACCGUCGGCCAGGACUUGGUGCGCAUCGAGCUUGGUGGCGCGCCUUCAGGUGAUAAGCCGGCUGCCGAGGAGGCCAAGGAGGCCCCCAAAGAGGCAUCCAAGCAGCCAACACCCGAGACACAACCGGAGCAAAAGAAGGAUCCGGAGCUCAAAGCGGCGGAACCGAUGCCGGCUGCGCCAUCCACACCCGCGAAACAAGAGGCUCCCGCUCUGAAGGAGCAGAGCAAGCCCGCAAAGGCCACCCCAGAACCCCUCGCCACCCUAGGCAGUCGAGAGGAGAGAAGGGUCAAGAUGAACCGGAUGCGUCUCCGCAUUGCGGAACGCCUCAAGCAGUCGCAGAACACGGCCGCGUCGCUGACGACCUUCAACGAGGUCGACAUGUCGGCGCUGAUGGAGUUCCGUAGCAAGUACAAGGACGAGGUCCUAAAGAAGACAGGCGUUAAGCUGGGCUUCAUGAGCGCCUUUUCCCGCGCCUGCGUCCUCGCUAUGCGUGACCUCCCGAUCGUCAACGCGUCGAUCGAGGGCCCGAACGGCGGCGAUACCAUCGUCUACAGGGAUUACGUUGAUAUCAGCGUUGCAGUCGCCACCGAGAAGGGCCUCGUCACCCCGGUUGUGCGCAAUGUUGAGUCCCUGGACAUGAUCGGCAUCGAGAAAGCCAUUGCCGAUAUGGGCAAGAAGGCCCGCGACGGCAAGCUCACCAUUGAGGACAUGGCCGGUGGCACUUUCACCAUCAGCAACGGAGGCGUAUUUGGUUCCUUGAUGGGCACCCCCAUCAUCAACCUUCCACAGACCGCUGUGCUCGGCCUGCACGCCAUCAAGGAGCGGCCUGUGGCCGUCAAUGGCAAGGUGGAAAUCCGACCCAUGAUGUACCUUGCUCUGACCUACGACCACCGACUCCUGGAUGGCCGGGAGGCCGUGCAGUUCCUCGUCAAAGUCAAGGAAUACAUCGAGGAUCCCCGCAAGAUGCUUCUCUAGAUGGUGUCCCCGGGGUCUGCGCCGCUCAAUGACGGGGCGGCAUGGGGAGAUAGGCUACCCGUGACGGAAGAGGCAUGGUGACAUUGUACAAUACAAAUUACCGGGCCUAUCCCCGGUAUUCCGCAUCCUGAUGGCGUUUCCAAUUAGACAUGGGCAUAUUGGUUAGUGGCUCGCGAUCUAUGCGACGGCCCGUUUGUGGCGCCAUUGCACGACUCCGUCUUGGCCCGGUAGCCGGUGUGCACAGAAAGAGGCCGUUGUUCUGUUAAUCUAAUAUUUCCCCUGAGGUGUAGAUAAAUCACCUGAGUACUCCGUAUGGCAUGCCGAAUUUGUUGUGACCCGGUCGGUGUAUUGCUCGGGAUUUAUGGGCAGAAGACCAGCC